CGUGGCGGGGCUCACUAGGAUCCAGAGAGAGACGGAGGGUAAAAAGAGUAGCAAGUAAACCUUCUUCUGGUAUCGGAACUGGUGGUGAAAGGGCUGGAAAAAUACCUCUCUCUCUCCAUCUGGUUUCCUGGAACCCACUGCCCACUUGCCGGGGUAGCUUCUCCUGACCUUCCCAGUUGCAGACUUUGAGAAGCAUUAUAGUGCUAGUACUGGGGCAGUAGUAACACCAUGUACUGGUGGGUGCAUAGACAAGGAAACCCCAUGGCGGCUGCUGCUGUUGCUGCCGCCUCUUGAUUUGAGUCCUAAAUUUCCCACCCUCAAAAAGGUUCUCAUAGUCUUAUCGCAUCAUCAGUAUAACGCAUCAUCAUUCAUGACUCGCAACCUCCAAAAAUAAAAAAAGUCAAAUCAUCUUACCAAUUACUACUAAUGUUAAGUGUAUACGGUUUGUAUUAUUAGUUAUUACUACAACAAGAAGUUCUACUUCAUUCCCAAUCUCCCACCACCAAUGAACACCUCGUCAUUUAUUGACGCCUAGCCUACUGAAUUUUGUUGCUGGGCAUCAUCCAAUCAAAGCCUCUGAAUCCCUCGCUCUCUCCCUUCAGAGAGGUCCUCUAGAUUCAUUGAUAUGCAUCGUCUGAUUUUUUUCUUCAUCGUUCAUCUGUCUCUGCAAACUCAGCUCAUUUCUCUCCCCGUCUUUGCCCGGCAACUCCCCGGCCGCACCCUCCUCCAGAACCCCAACGCCACCUCCCCCUGCCCCCUCGACUUUAAUAUCCUCCGCCAGUUGUUCCAGGGUUCCACUCGCCGCAACUUGGACACCUCCACUCAGUGCCAAUACAUCCGCCAAUCCCUCCGACUCGUCCUCUCCGACUAUCUCAGGCGCACCAACUCCUUCCUCCCUCCUCUCAGCUCCGCCGACUCCUGCUGGCAGGCUUACCAGUCUUUAGUCAACGAAUUCGUCCCCAGCAUGGACAUCCGCCGAUCCUGCGGCUUCCAGACUAGCUGGAUCUCCGAGGGCUGCAUGGGCAUCAACACCCGCGCCCAGUUCGAGUCCACCGUUUCUCAAUCUGCCCUCCACGACGUUGUUUCCAACUGCAACCAGUCCCUCGAGAACGGCUCCCCUUGUGCCGCGUGUACCACCAGCCUCUCCAGCCUCCUUGCCUCCUACCUCACCGGUCCCUCCGUCGGUAACCUCACCGACUGCACAGCCUACGGCUCCAUUUACGCCGCCGCCUUCGCCAACCAAUUCGGGCCCACUGACAAGGGUACCGCCAAAUGCUUGUUUUCCCUCGAUUUCGCGGCCACCAAUUCCAGUAAUAAGCGGAAAAGGAUCGAAGUUAGCGUGAUUGUGGUGGUAGGUGUCGUGGUUCUGGUCGUCCUUUUUUCCGGGCUCUGGUUCUGCCGUCAAAGAAGGAAAAGGAAAAUAAAAGCCAGCGAAAGAUGGAAAUUAAGCCAGGCAAACUCAGGUUCUGGCCCCGCCGCUUCUGGGUUGGAUUCAAUAAGUGGGAGCACUAAUUUAGUUAGGUUCACACUUGACGAAAUUAAGGCUGCCACCAACAAUUUUUCGAGGGAGAACAUAAUUGGAAGAGGAGGGUAUGGGAACGUGUACAAGGGUGUGUUGCCUGAUGGCUCUGAAGCGGCAUUGAAGAGGUUCAAGAAUUGUUCUGCUUUCGGGGAUGCCACUUUCACGCACGAGGUUGAGGUCAUUGCCAGCAUUAGGCAUGUCAAUCUCGUAACUUUGAGAGGGUAUUGCGUGGCUACCGCUCCUUAUGAGGGUCACCAGAGGAUUAUUGUGUGCGAUCUGAUUAUGAAUGGGAGCCUUCACGACCAUCUAUUUGGAUUGAAUGCGAACAAGCUCAGUUGGCCAACUCGUCAAAGGAUUGCACUUGGGACGGCGAAGGGCUUGGCCUAUUUGCAUUACGGUGCACAACCUGCCAUAAUUCACAGGGACAUCAAAGCAAGUAAUAUACUUUUAGAUGAAACCUUUGAGCCUAAGGUGGCAGAUUUCGGAUUGGCUAAGUUUACCCCGGAGGGAAUGACUCACUUGAGCACUAGAGUGGCCGGCACCAUGGGAUAUGUGGCACCUGAGUAUGCUUUAUACGGGCAGCUAACUGAGAGGAGUGAUGUAUAUAGCUUCGGGGUUGUGCUUCUUGAGCUUUUGAGCGGGAAGAAAGCCAUUAUAGCAACUAACGAUGGCCAGCCUGUUGUUGUCACUGAUUGGGCUUGGUCGUUGGUGAGGAAUGGUAGAGCGCUAGAUGUUAUAGAAGAUGGUAUGCCUGAAAUAGGUCCUCCAGAAGUGUUGGAGAAAUAUGUGCUGAUUGCUGUUCUUUGCUCACAUCCGCAAUUGUAUGCUCGACCAACCAUGGACCACGUUGUGAAGAUGUUGGACACUGACGAUGUGCCUGUUCCAUCAGUGCCUGAACGUCCAAUUCCUCUUACUGCUGAUAUUGAUGAUAUCCAGAGAUCUGCCAGUAGUAGUGGCUCUGGUCAUCUGUCAACCGCUAAUGGUUACCAGCCAUACACACUGGAGAAAGAAUGCUCCGAGACGCCCAAGGAAAUUCAAGAAAGCCCUCUUAGGAGAUAAAAAAAGGGUUAUCGUGAUUCUCUGUUAUUUUUCAUCGGAAAUUGGCAGAAGGCGCCUAUACUGGAAUUUUCUUUCCAAAGAUUUUUUUGGCCUAAUUCUUUGCUCAUUAUUAGAUUGUGCGAUUCUGAAAAUCAGAAUCACUAACACGUUAACAUCUACCAUUGUACAGCGUAUAGUGUAGAACCAAUGUACAUAUUUGACCCCCAGAGUUCAGACUUUCCAAAGAAGGAACGAUUGUUUUCCUGCUGUACCCCAAAAAACAUCAUCCCACGUCCAUCUUGAUCUCUUUAUGCCUAAAUAUUAAAUUGGUGAUUCUUCAUUUCGCCGCAAUCCAUGUCAUAACAAGCUUCACCUUUAUAAUCAGUAAAUCUAGCUGGUUGCUGGCUUGCUGCACAAAUCCACUCAGAGAGAAUAGAACGGAAUGAGACUCAAACCAUCACGAAAGCUAAACGGUUGUCACGACCGAGGAAGCACAUAAAACUGGAAAGUUAUCUAUAAUUCAACCUUUGAGGUAUUGCCAUUUUCUGGCUAGCUACCGAAGGUUUCUGUACCCCUGAGAUUCCGAUUUCAUUCUCCGUGCAUUCAGAUGAACUGAGGGGGAAAACGGAACUAACUGAAGCUGGUGUUGUGGCCUCUCGCUGGUCUUUUCAGCUAAGUCAGAUCAUUUAAUCAACCUCAUGCAGUUUGGUGAAUCCUACUAAUAAGAAUGGGACUAGGAUAAAAGACAAGAAACCCCCUAUGGUUUCGCGAAAAAAUAUCUUACCUUCUAUUAUUUAGAAACCUCCACAUAAACACUCUAAACUUCAUAAUUAAAAUGAAAAUUACCUUCUAAACCGGCUAAAUUACCGGCUGCAGGUCGAAUAUCUAAACUACCCUCAUUUAUAAUAGAGAAGGAGAGAGAAUCCCCACAAUCUUGUCUAGUAAGCACUGCCCAAUUUUCUUAUAACAUCCAGAGGAGCGAGGCUACAGGAAAGAGUCCCUUUGAACUGGCCACCAGAAGGCAGCCCUUAACCCCAGAUGCCAUUGCCAGCGGAUAUACCCCCCGGGGGGGGGGGGAAUACAAAUUCGCGAAAGGAAUGCAAGAGGAGACUGAACUUGCAAAAGCUACCUUGAACAAAGCAAAGAAGUUCCCGGUCAAAGGAGUGUCAUCGUAAGGGUUGAUGGUAAAUGUCAGUUUGCUUCGACUGUGCUUUAAUGCCUUUCAGCUUCUUUAGUAUGUUUGCGAAGUAAUCCUGCAGAUAUUUCUCUAGUGUGAUGAUGUCUUUUGCAUCGACACCAAGAAGUGAAUAUGUCUCGGCCAUUGCCACUGAGAAGACGGUAUCACUUGUUGUGAGUGCCUAGGGAUGUCAAAACAGAAGUUGUCGAAGUUGCAGCAUCUGGUCAAGAGAUAUCCACUCGUCCGUUUCAGCUUGUGAUUGGUCGUGUAUGGAAGGGAACAGCAUUUGGUGGUUUCAAAAGUCGUUCCCAAGUACCUUGGCUUGUAGACAAGUAUAUGAAGAAGGAGAUCAAAGUAGACGAGUACGUCACCCACAAUUUGACGCUUAAGGAGAUAAACAAAGCUUUUGAUCUGAUGCAUGAAGGUGACUGCUUGCGCGUUGUGCUUAGUGUGUUCGAGUGAAUGAAACAACUUUGGUUGUUUUGGGUUGUCAGUUUAAUAACAUUUGAAGCUCUGAACUUUGAUACCCUCUGUCACCUCUUCUCUUUGAGAAGUUCCAAAAGGGAAGGGGGUGGAACUCUUCUGAUGAUUUUAUCCUCUAAAUUUGUUUUG